AGCAAUUUUCUUUUUUGGCAGAAAGCGGAGACAUUUAUAAAAGCCAUGCCUGUGCUUGGGGUUGCCUCAAAGCUAAGGCAGCCACCUAUAGGGUCAAAGCCUGUUCAUACUGCCCAUCCGAUACCAAAUCUUGGCACAAGCGGGUCACAGCAAUAUUCAUCAAAGUCUCUGGAGCUUCCUAGGGCAGAGAGCUCAAUGCUUUCUUGUCAGUUUACAUUAAAGUCAGCCUGUGAUUUUGGAGAAGUAAAAGCACUCCAAGGAAAAACCAAGGAGACGGAGGAUAGCAAGAUUUACACUGACUGGGCUAAUCACUAUCUAGCAAAAUCUGGCCACAAGCGGCUGAUCAAGGACUUGCAACAGGACAUUGCCGAUGGAGUUCUGCUAGCAGAAAUCAUCCAGAUCAUCGCAAAUGAAAAGGUUGAAGAUAUCAAUGGCUGUCCUCGAAGCCAGUCUCAAAUGAUUGAGAAUGUUGAUGUCUGUCUUAGCUUUCUGGCAGCCAGAGGAGUAAAUGUCCAAGGUCUUUCUGCUGAAGAAAUAAGGAAUGGAAAUUUGAAAGCCAUUUUAGGGCUGUUUUUCAGUUUGUCUCGUUAUAAACAGCAACAACACCAACAGCAACAAUACUAUCAGUCUUUGGUAGAGCUACAACAGCACGUCUCUCAUUCUCCGCCUCCCACUGAGAUCGGCCAGCCCAAAACACAGCAAGAUAUGCAGUCCAGUCUGACAGCCAGAUAUGCAACUCAGUCUAAUCACAGUGGAAUUGCAACCAGUCAAAAAAAGCCUUCUAGGCUUCCCGGGCCCUCAAGGGUGCCAGCUGCAGGCAGCAGUACCAAAGUCCAGGGAGCCUCAAAUUUAAAUCGAAGAAGUCAGAGCUUUAAUAGCAUUGACAAAAACAAGCCUCCACAAUAUGCAAAUGGAAAUGAAAAAGAAUCACCCAAAGGUCCUCACCCAUCUGCAGGCAUGAAUGGAAAUGUACAGCAUCCCACCAGCACUGGGCAGCAGCCGGUCUCUGCCAUCCCCUCUCCAAGUGCCAGCAAGCCUUGGCGCAGCAAAUCCAUGAAUGUCAAACACAGUGCCACCUCUACCAUGCUGUCUGUCAAACAGCCUAGUCCUGCAACCUCCCCUACGCCAUCUUCAGAUAGGUUUAAGCCACCCCUUUCUGAAGGACCAAAAACUCCUUCCUCUGGGCAGAAAUCCAUGCUAGAGAAAUUCAAGCUGGUUAAUGCUAGGACUGUUUUGCGAGCCCCUUUGUCAUCAAGUUCAGGUCCCAAUGACACCGGAAGGGACGAUGAAGCCUUUUUGGAAUGUGGCGAAAUGGACAGCUUCAGUGGUGGGCUCAACAGUGGUGGCUCCACCACCAGCAGCAGCAGCCCUAAAAUCUCGCCGAAACUCACCCCUCCAAAAGCUGGAAGCAAAAAUCUCAGCAAUAAAAAGUCUUUGCUACAGCCAAAGGACAAAGAGGAAAAGAGCAGGGACAAAAAUAAAGUUUGCACUGAGAAGACAGGAAAGGAAGAAAAGGACCAGGCCACAGAGACACCUGCAAAAAAGACCUCAAAAAUUGCAAGCCUGAUCCCAAAGGGGAGCAAGGCUACAUCAGCCAAGAAGGAAAGUUUAAUACCUUCAUCGAGUGGAAUACCAAAACCUGGAUCAAAAGUCCCAACAUCAAAGCAAAAUACUUCACCAUCAUGUUCCGGAAAUAAAGAGACCGAGAAACUGAGGAGUACAAAAGGAAACCAGCCACAGCCAACAGCAAAAUCCCAAGUUAAUGAGAAAGGAUACAUUCUUCCUGGCCUUCCUUCUUCUGAAGUAAAGGAGUCUAGCACAGCUCUUACCCCUAGUUCAUCUGCGGCUGCAACUAGUGGGCAAGCAACAGGAAAUAGCAUUGUCCAACUUCCUCAGCAACAGCAAUACAGCCACCCAAAUACAGCUACAGUAGCACCCUUCAUUUAUAGAACUCAUUCAGAAAAUGACAGUACCUCUCUCCCACCCGCCGAUUUCUGCACCAGUCCUACAAAAAUGGAUUUGGCAUAUAGUAAGACUGCCAAACAGUGCCUAGAGGAAAUAUCUGGAGAAGAUCCUGAAGCAAGAAGAAUGAGAACUGUAAAGAAUAUAGCAGAUCUGAGGCAGAAUUUGGAAGAAACAAUGUCCAGUCUUAGAGGAACUCAGAUAAGCCACAGCACAUUGGAGACAACAUUUGACAGUACUGUGACAACUGAAGUGAAUGGGCGAAGCAUUCCAGCCUUGACAAGCCGAUCCUCUCCAGUGACCUGGAGGCUUGGGCAAGCAAGUCCUCGUCUCCAGGCAGGUGAUGCUCCUUCCCUGGGUGGAGGCUACCCUCGCAGUGGUGCCAGUCGCUUCAUCCAUACUGACCCUUCUAGAUUCAUGUACACAACACCUCUUCGCCGCGCGGCCGUUUCUCGCCUGGGGAACAUACCCCAGAUUGACAUGAGUGAAAAAGGAAACAGCGAUCUGGACAUUUCCUCUGAUGUUGACGUUGGAGGGUACAUGAGUGAUGGGGACAUUCUUGGGAAGAGUCUUCGAGCUGAUGACAUCAACAGUGGUUAUAUGACAGAUGGAGGGCUCAACCUGUAUACGAGAAGCUUGAACCGAAUACCAGACAUAGCUGCCUCCCGAGACGUCAUUCAAAGAGGGGUCCAUGAUGUGACUGUGGAUGCAGACAGCUGGGAUGACAGCAGUUCAGUUAGCAGCGGCCUCAGUGAUACUUUGGAUAACAUCAGCACAGAUGAUCUGAACACCACAUCGUCAGUCAGCUCUUAUUCCAAUAUUACUGCCUCUUCAAGAAAAAAUGCACAUACCCAUAUGAAGACUGAUUCAGAGAAACGUUCGAUAACAGAUGGAGAACCAUGGGGCAGCAGUGAAGAACUGAAGAAGCCGGAGGAAGAUUUUGACAGUAAUGUUGACAGCAGUGGCAAAUGGAAAGGACAUCCCUCUGGACUGCUGGAAGAUGCCGAGAAGGGAGGACAGAAAACCUCCCUGUCUGUCUCUCAGACUGGUUCUUGGAGAAGAGGCAUGACGGCACAAGUAGGAACAGCACAGUCCAGGCACAAAGCAGGAGCAAGUACUCUCAAGGCACCUGGAAAAACAGAUGAUGCCAAGGCUUCAGAAAAAGGAAAAACGCCCCUCAAAGGAGCUUCCAUCCAGCGUUCUCCUUCAGACGCAGGGAAAAGCAGUGGAGAUGAAGGGAAAAAACCACCCUCAGGCAUCGGCAGGUCCACAGCCACAGGUUCCUUUGGUUUCAAGAAAGCUGGGGUCGGCUCUUCAACGAUCAUCACUGCCAGUGGUGCAACUAUAACAAGUGGCUCAGCAACCCUGGGGAAGAUGCCAAAGUCUGCAGCUAUUGGUGGAAAGUCAAACGCAGGGAGGAAAACGAGCCUAGAUGGUUCACAGAACCAAGACGAUGGCGUGUUGCAUGUGAGCUCCAAGACCACCCUGCAAUACCGAAGUUUGCCGCGGCCUUCCAAGUCGAGCACCAGUGGGAUUCCUGGCAGAGGGGGGCACAGGUCCAGCACCAGCAGCAUUGACUCCAACGUCAGCAGCAAAUCUGCAGGAGCCGCUGCCACCAACAAACUGAGGGAGCCUUCAAAGAUCGGCUCAGGGCGCUCCAGUCCUGUUACCAUCAACCAAACAGACAAAGAGAAGGAGAAGGUGGCUGUGUCUGAUUCUGAGAGUGUGUCAUUGUCCAGCUCUCCAAAAUCAAGCCCAACUUCAGCCAGCGCCUGUGGAACUCCAGGCCUCAGGCAGCCGGGUUCAAAGUACCCUGACAUUGCCUCACCCACAUUUAGAAGGUUGUUUGGUGCUAAAGCGAGCGGCAAAGCUGCCCCUGCACCAAAUACAGAAGGUGCGAAAUCCACUUCUGCAAUGCCCAGCCCUAGCACCACGUUAGCUCGGCAAGGCAGUCUGGAAUCUCCGUCAUCAGGUACAGGUAGCAUGGGCAGUGCAGGUGGGCAGAGUGGCAGCAGUAGCCCCCUCUUCAGCAAACCCUCGGACCUAAACACAGAUGUUGUAAGUUUAAGUCACUCCUUGGCUUCUAGUCCAGCUUCAGCCCACUCUUUCACGUCAGGCGGUCUUGUUUGGGCUGCCAACCUGAGUAGUUCCUCUGCUGGCAGUAAGGACACACCGAGUUACCAGUCAAUGACUAGCCUCCACACGAGCUCUGAAUCUAUUGACCUCCCUCUCAGCCACCAUGGCUCCCUCUCUGGAUUGACCACAAGCACUCAAGAGGUUCAGAGCCUGCUCAUGAGAACUGGAAGUGUGAGAUCGACGCUUUCAGAAAGCAUGCAGCUUGACAGAAAUACACUACCCAAAAAGGGAUUAAGGUAUACCCCAUCCUCUCGGCAAGCCAGUCAAGAGGAAGGGAAAGAGUGGCUGCGUUCCCAUUCCACUGGAGGGCUACAAGACACUGGAAAUCAAUCUCCCCUGGUAUCCCCUACAGCUAUGUCUUCAUCUGCAACAGGGAAAUAUUUUUCUAACUUAGUGAGUCCAACAAACUUAUCCCAAUUCAAACUUCCUGGGCCCAGUAUGAUGCGGUCAAACAGCAUCCCAGCACAAGAUUCUUCGUUUGAUCUUUAUGAUGAUUCCCAACUGUGUGGUAGCGCCACAUCCUUAGAGGACAGACCACGUGCAAUCAGUCAUUCUGGUUCAUUCAGAGAUAGCAUGGAAGAAGUACAUGGCUCCUCAUUAUCACUAGUUUCCAGUACCUCUUCUCUCUACUCCACAGCUGAAGAAAAGGCACAUUCAGAGCAAAUUCAUAAACUACGGAGGGAGCUGGUUGCAUCACAGGAAAAGGUGGCCACCCUUACAUCACAGCUGUCAGCAAAUGCACAUCUUGUAGCAGCAUUUGAAAAGAGCUUAGGAAAUAUGACGGGCCGAUUGCAAAGCCUGACAAUGACAGCUGAACAAAAGGAAUCGGAGCUCAUAGAACUACGGGAAACCAUUGAAAUGCUGAAAGCCCAGAACUCAGCUGCCCAGGCUGCAAUUCAAGGAGCUUUGAAUGGCCCUGACCACACCCAUAAAGAUUUGCGAAUACGGCGGCAACAUUCCUCAGAAAGCGUUUCUAGCAUCAAUAGCGGGACCAGCCAUUCAAGCAUGGGCAGUGGUAAUGAUGCUGACUCCAAGAAGAAGAAAAAGAAAAAUUGGGUGAACUCUAGAGGAAGUGAGCUAAGAAGUUCAUUCAAACAGGCCUUUGGGAAGAAGAAGUCCACAAAGCCUCCUUCCUCACAUUCUGACAUAGAAGAAGUUACAGAUUCAUCUCUUCCAUCCUCGCCCAAGUUACUCCACAGCUCUGGAGAUUGUGGGUCUUCAUCAAUUAAGCCAUCCCAGUCAGCAUCUGCGUCAUCCUUAAUCUGGGCUCCAAAGAAAAGGCAAAACGGUCACGUGAUCUACAAGCAUAGAUCCCGGAUCUGCGAGUGCACAGAGGCGGAGGCUGAAAUAAUUCUGCAGCUGAAAAAUGAGCUCAGGGAGAAAGAGCUCAAGUUAACAGAUAUUCGUCUCGAGGCCCUCAGCUCAGCACACCAUCUUGACCAGAUUCGAGAAGCCAUGAACCGCAUGCAGAAUGAAAUUGAGAUAUUGAAAGCUGAAAAUGAUCGCUUAAAGGCAGAGACUGGAAACACUGGAAAGCCAGGCCGGCCAUGUUCAGAGUCUUCAAGCAGCACAUCCUCCUCCUCUUCGCGGCAGUCUUUAGGGCUCUCUUUGAAUAACUUGAACAUCACCGAUUCAGUUACAUCAGAUAUUUUACUGGAAGAUGUUACAGAUGGAACUCUCCAUAAAGAAGGCCAGAAUGUUAAAAUUAUAGUCACAAUAAACAAGGGCUAUGGUCGAUCCAAGGACCCAAAAUUACAGGCAUAUUUGAUAGGAUCUAUUGGUGUCAGUGGCAAAACAAAAUGGGAUGUAUUAGAUGGCGUAAUUAGGCGGCUUUUUAAGGAAUAUGUUUUCCGAGUAGAUCCAGCUACUAGCCUUGGUUUAGGCUCAGACUGUAUAGCCAGCUACUGUAUAGGGGAUGUCAUUAGAUCUCAUAGCCAAGAAGUGCCUGAAUUGCUACCUUGUGGAUAUCUGGUUGGAGAUAAUAACAUUAUCACUGUGAACCUUAAAGGAGUAGAAGAAAAUAGUUUGGACAGCUUUGUGUUUGAUACAUUAAUUCCCAAACCAAUUAGUCAACGGUACUUUAAUUUACUGAUGGAGCAUCACAGAAUUAUCCUGUCAGGACCCAGUGGCACUGGGAAGACCUAUUUAGCCAACAAGCUUGCUGAAUAUGUGAUAACUAAAUCUGGCAGGAAAAAAACUGAAGAUGCCAUUGCAACUUUUAACGUAGAUCACAAAUCAAGCAAGGAUGUACAACAAUACCUUGCUAAUCUGGCUGAACAGUGCAGUGCUGAUAACAGUAGUGCUGACCUUCCUGUGGUAAUAAUCCUUGACAACCUCCAUCAUGUUGGGUCUUUGAGUGACAUCUUCAAUGGUUUCCUUAACUGUAAAUAUAACAAAUGCCCCUAUAUUAUUGGAACUAUGAACCAGGGAGUUUCAUCUUCACCUAACCUAGAGCUGCAUCAAAACUUCAGGUGGGUGCUAUGUGCUAAUCACACAGAGCCUGUUAAAGGGUUCUUAUCCAGGUAUUUGAGAAGGAAACUGCUUGAGACGGAAAUAGAGAGGAAUGCCCGCAAUAAUGACCUCAUCAAAAUUAUUGACUGGAUUCCUAAGACGUGGCAUCAUCUCAACAGCUUCUUAGAAACGCACAGUUCUUCUGAUGUAACCAUUGGUCCUCGCCUUUUUCUAUCCUGCCCUAUAGACGUCGAUGGUUCCAGAGUAUGGUUCACAGACCUCUGGAAUUAUUCCUUGAUACCAUACAUUAUGGAAGCUGUGAGAGAAGGACUUCAGAUGUAUGGUAAAAGAGCACCUUGGGAAGAUCCUUCAAAGUGGAUAGCAGAGACUUGCCCCUGGAGUUCACUUCAGCAUGAUUGGUCAUCAUUACUUCAGUUAAGACCUGGGGAUGUUGGUUAUGAAGGUUAUGCAUCUGCCAAAGAAGGAACCACCUCAAAGCACAUUCCACAGACUGAGUCAGAAGGAGACCCUUUGAUGAAUAUGCUAAUGCGACUCAAAGAAGCCGCCAGUUACUCGAGUGCACAGAGCUGCGACAGUGACACUGCCAGUCACCACGAUGAUAUUCUGGACCCCUCACUCGAAUCGACUCUCUAGAGGGAGAUGGGCCUGGUUAGAGGAUGCUGGUAAACCCAUUCCUGCUUCAAGCGCUGCCAGUAUUAAAGCAGCAGGUCAGGGUGGCCCGAAAGAGAGAGAGAAGGAGGGAGGGAGUGUGUUGUGUCAUAUAUAGGCGGUCGACUUAACUCUGACAAGUCAGGAAAGCAAAUCAAAAUAGAAAGCUUGAAUUAGUUUAAUUUCAAGACAUUUCAGUAUCAAUGGAGCUGAGUGAGACUCCAUCAAUCAACUGGAAAGGGCCUUUAACAGGAGGCUACUAAGCAGAUUGCACAUAUAUUAGCCAAACUGGAAUCUCUUUGGGUUUUUGCUUUUUCUUCCUGUCUCGAAAGUUUACAGUGCAGGCCUUUUGUUUUACACUUCAAUUUACUCUGAGGUGCUGCGUUUGCGGUCGUCUUGAUCCUCUUCCUCUAACCUCUGUUGUGCCCCAUGGCACUCGUUAACAGGACUCCAGUAGUUGUUCGAAUUGUACGCUGCUGCCCAUUCCAAAAUGAGUUGGAGAAAAAAAAAUGAGAGUAAACUCAAUAAGCACAAACAGUAUUGUGCAAUUGCCAGGAAACGCUACUGUGAUAUGCUGGAUAAGUGCCAAUUUGAUACUAAACUGCUUUGUUUAGCAGUGAUGUGGUCCACCAAGGUUUCUGGGGGGAGUUUUGUGUGUAAAAAAAAAAUCAUUCGUUUUAUAUACAAGUUGUUUUUAACCACAAGGGUAUUUUUUAAACACCUGCCCACCUCUUAACAAGGGAGUUAUUCAUUUUUUUAAAGAAACAACCAAGAACAACAACCCAAUUCUUAUCUGACACUGACUAAAGGCUUUCUUAGGGCUUCGUUUGUUUUGAGCCUUUUCAGUGGGGGUCAGGGGGAGGAGAACAUUUCCUAUGGUGCUGUCUCACUGCCUUAAAACCAAUUUCUAGAACAGUUUUACAGUUGGUUUAAUUUGUUAAACCAUCGAUUAUUUACACUGUUUUCUUUCUUCAUUUACUAACGGGAGAGCAUCAGUGAACACAGUAGUCUCAUGUCUGUAUAUCAUGAUUUUUUAAUUUUAUUUUAUGAAGGGGGUCAAUGGGUGAACUCUUGAUAUAGAUAUAUAGAUAGAUAUAUAGUAUUUUUAUCUUGUGUGAAUAGAUUGCCUACCAUCGAAAAUAUUCAAAUGACCACUCCUAAUUAACUAUGAUUGAAAACAAAGCCCAAGACAGUUGGCUCAGGUCCAUUUGGUCCUAUGGAAAAGAGCUUAUCAAGAGAGACACAGAGAGAGAGAUGGUUGGAAAGCGUUAUCCAGCAGAGCUGGGUACACUUGAUGCAGCAUGAGCACAAAUAUAUCUUUAUUUUCCCCCUCCUCUUUUCCCUUUUUUUUUUGUUUUAGUUUGAAGCAUGUUGUUUUAAUUGCAAUUGUACAUGAAGAAAUUCAGCAUUAAACAACACUAACACAGUGAUGUCCACUGUGGAAGAGAGAAAAGUUUAUACUGUAAAAGGGGAGGGGGGGUUGGUUUUGCACAGUCUAUGGGGAGGGUAUUGUAAAUAUUAAAAAAAAAAAGCCUUGCACAAAUGAAAGCAAACAAACAGCGACAACAACAAAAAAUAAGGAACUGUAUUUUAUCCUGUUGGUGUUAAGAGAUGUUUCAUUUACUGAGAUUACCUGUAUGUUGCAAACAGAUCCAGAAUGCAAACCGUACAAUCUGUUUUUUUUAACCUGGUGUGUUCGUCCUGUAUUUAGAACUGUUAUGACUAUGCAGGAGCUAUCUGUGCUAGAGUGAGCAUGUUUCAAUUUACAUUAUGAAGCCAAUACAUCUUAGGAGAAAACAAAACAAAACAAAAAAAACCCCCUAUGUUUAUCUUUCCUGGCAGGGCUACACCAGAUUGAAGGAAAACUGAUCAGAGUAAUUGGAUAUGUUGGUUCAAAUUAACACAAAUAGUCGAAGGGCUAUGGCAUUGUGUAGACAUGCACUUGUGCACCUAGAGCCACAAUCCUGAAACUGUUCACUUGGAACAUGCCCAAGUCACAGCAAUGUGUGUGUCUAUGUGGGCCAGUGGAGCACUUCCAAGAUCCAACUAGCCAAUGAAUAUCUUCAGGAAAUGUAACUGGUGCUACGAAUUCCUGUGACCAUCAUGUGGCCAUCUGUUUUAUUAAUGGAAGACAAAGUAAUCAAUGCAGCAUUUUUUUUGCUGCAUCACUGAAGCUACAGGUCUCCUGCAUGGUGCUAUUGCCCUAGUAAAUAAUACUCUGAUUUUAUGCACAUAGAAUGUAGUCAAACUGAUGUAAGGCGCCAAAUACUAACUUACUUUCUCAUAUUGUUCAAUGACAUGCCUCUCUCUGGCAAAUGACUAAACAACAGCUGCUCUUUAUGAUAUAUGUGACCUAAAACAACACACACAAACCCAUGAAUUUCUGUCAUUUUUGACACACGCACACACAUACAAAACCUGUAUGUAUGUAUCAUGUAAUACAACUUUACCUGCAAUACAUCUCAGUGAGUCCACCUAGUUUACAACUUUAAAAAUUUGCUUGUGAAACAUUUGUCUGUAUACAUUUUAUAUUUUGUACAUUUUUGAUGUAACAUAUCAUGUAAAUAGACAGAAAC